AUGGAAUAUGAAGCACCGGAAGGUGGUUGGGGAUGGAUCGUGACUUCAGCGAUGGUCGUCAUUUUUAUUACGGUUAUAGGACCAGCCCCAUCGAUUGGAUUAGUUUUUGGUGAUUUUCUUGAGCCUACCGGUAAAGCUGGACUUUUAUUGACACUUUUUGGUGCAUUUUUCAGCGUUACUUUCUCAGUCUCUAGUCCACUGGCAAAUUAUUGGAUGCAGAAAUAUACGUUGAGAUCGGUGGCAGUAAUGGGUGCAAUAUUGUUUUCCUCGUCAAAUAUUUUAUUUGCACUUGCAACAGAUAUUUGGCAAAUGAUGUUUUUAUAUUUGAUACAAGGAAUAGGAGUAGGAUUUCUUCUUACGCUAAGUAACACCAAUUUCAAUGCAUAUUUCGUGGAAAAACGUGCUCGAAUAAUGAGCCUGGCCCAAGUGAUCAUCGGUAUGGGUUCCAUUGGUUAUCCCUAUGUCAUCGACAAAAUUAUGCCACUGUACGGUUUUCGAGGAACUGUUGGUAUAAUAGGUGCGGUAAGUUUACAUUGCAUUCCCGCUGUGCUUCUGUUGCAACCGGUUGAAUGGCAUAUCAAAGAUAAAAAAAAGGUUCUUACGAAAAGUGAUGUGAAAAACAGGAAACAAAGUUCAAUCACAAAUGACCAUCAUCAAGAUUCAACAGGACAAUCGAUUAGUUUACGUAGUUUACGACAUAAUCCAAAGACUGAACUAACAGAUGAAAGUGAAAAUACCAAUGAAAAUGAAGAAUAUCGGGUUAGAUCAUGGUCAUGGUCAGUUCGAGACGUUUUAAACAGAAGAUUGCACGUAUUUUCUUCAUCAAGUGUUACAAAUUUGGCAAGUGGUAUUGGUGCAUUAGCAGAUAUCAAAAGUAAUUCUGUUGUAUUAGUUGACAAAAAUAAAUUUAACAAAAUUAUGGAUCUUUCUAUGAUGAAAGAUUUAUAUUUUUUGAAUUUAUGUUUCGGUGUCAGUAUUGCUAUAACCUGCGAUUAUACGUUCGUUUCACUAUUACCAAUUAUGAUGUUUCAUGAUGGAUAUACCAGAAGUGAAUCUGCUUUGGCUAUUAUAGUUAGUGGUGUAGCAGAAUUAUUUGCUAGAAUAUUAAUAGCCAUUUUUAAUUUUUUCGUCAAAGUCAAAUCUAAAUAUUUGUUCUUCGUUGCAAUGAUUGCUAUGUCCUUUGCUAAAGCAGGAUUUAUGAUGUUAGAGGAUUCAUUAAUGGCUGUAUUAGUGAUGAAUGCUUUGAUCGGUAUGAUACGUGCUUUAAUGUUGGUACCACAAACCUUAGUUAUUAUAGAAUCCGUACAAAUAGACAAAUUAGCAUCUGCUAUUGGAUGUUUUGGAUUUAUUAUGGGUGCCACUUCCUUAAUUUUAUCACCCGUUCUUGCUAAAGACUAA